CUUGUGCAGUGAGUGCUGACCACGGGGCAGUGUUUUCGAAAUGGCUUCACAAAACAUUGAUCCACUGGCCCUAGAUGAGAACGCUAAGAGCAACGACGAGCAACGGAGGGUUGACUCCGGAAGGCACUCGGUUGCAAAAAGGCUUCAACAGGAGCUGAUGACGCUUAUGAUGUGUGGUGACAAAGGUAUCUCUGCAUUCCCUGAUGGCGACAAUCUCUUUCGAUGGAUCGGCACAAUACAAGGACCAUCUGGAACGGUAUAUGAGAAGUUGGUGUAUCGGCUUAGGCUGGAGUUCCCUAGUGCCUACCCCUAUGAAAGCCCACAGGUCCGCUUUGAGACCCCCUGCUUUCACCCUAAUGUGGAUACCCAGGGGAACAUUUGCCUUGACAUCCUCAAAGAAAAGUGGACUGCUUUGUUAGAUGUCCGCACCGUGCUGCUCUCUAUUCAGUCAUUGUUGGGAGAACCCAAUGUGUCAAGCCCACUGAAUGGCUAUGCUGCAGAGAUCUGGAGUAAUCAGGUCUUGUACAAAAAGGUGCUGCUGGACAAGUAUGAGAAGAAAACCAAAGACAUGGAAUCCUAGGGUUCCAAAAGCUGUCUUGCCUCACUGGUGUGUCUCUGGCAAAAGUGCUUCUUUUUUAUGGGUUAAGGGCAGGGGGACCAAAGCAGGCUAGGUGCACAGUGCGCACUAUUCUUGUAAUCAUGUAAGGGAGCACGAGCGGUAAGUUAUUUGAGCGCAUUAUGGAUACACAUAGGUCUGUGCUGGUUUGUUGGCCAGCUGAUGGAACAGAUACCUUUACAUAUGAAAGAAGUCAUGAGUAGCAAGGGAGUCAUUUUUAUUUUUGUGUGUGCAAAUAAAAUUCUGUACAGUAUGA